AUGCGCCACAAAAUAUUAAUUAUCGUGUUGAUAUCUCUUUUGUGCUGUGAGUUUUCGGAAGAACUGAAUGAAAUCAAGACUAAAGAGGAUACUAAGGAUAAGAAUAAUGAGAACAAUAAGAAAAAUGUUGUCUCUAGCGCGGAGGUUUCAGUUGCAGCAGAUGGUAUUAAAAUAGUUGCAGCUCCUGAUUUAUCAAAAGAACAACCGAAAGCAGAUGAAUCACAUGUGACUGAAGAAGCUAGUGAUGCUGCUGAUUUACUUAUGCUUAAGCAGGCCAAAUGGCUUCAAAAGAUGUUUCAAGAGAUUGAUAGUCUUAAAUUUGCCCUUGUUCAAGAUAAUUAUGAUGCUGACUUGGAAGAAGAAGAAGAUAUACCUCCAUUACCAGAAGAGCUUCAAAAAGAACCAGAAUUGACUCCUGAACAAUUGGAAGCAAAAAAUACUUUUGAAAAAGCAAAGGCAAUGUUAAAUAAAACUAAACCAAAUAAACAAAAAGCUUAUGAAAUAAUGGAAGAAGCAGCUAAAAAAGAUAAUUUAGAUGCCAAAGCAUACAUUGCUUGGGCUAUGCUCUUUGGAAAUCCUUUAUCUCAAAAUAUAGAUGCAGCUAGAGAUAUAUUUACUGAAUUAACUAAAACUGGACAUCCAGAAGGGCAUAUGGGUUUAGGGUUUCUUUAUGCUACUGGGUUGUCAGUAAAUGUAAGUCAAGCGAGAGCUCUGGUACACUAUACUUUUGCUGCAGUUGGGGGCAAUACUUGGGCACAAAUGGUGAUGGGUUACAGAUACUGGUCAGGAGUCACUGUCGCACCUAGUUGUGAAAAAGCUCUAGAUUUUUAUCGUUUGGUUGCUGAAAAAGUUGCACAGGGUGUAACUUUCGGUGGUGGAACAGGGGUCCAGAGAGUGAGACUACUUGAUGAAGCUGAAAAUGGUUACACAACAGGCAUAAUCGAUAACGAUUUAAUUGAAUACUAUCAACUGCUAGCUGAGAAAGGUGACAUACAAGCGCAGGUGGGUUUAGGGCAAUUGCACUAUCAAGGGGGUAGAGGAGUGGACUUGGAUUACCAGAAAGCUCUGCAUUAUUUUACUGAAGCGGCAAACAGCGGGAAUGCUAUAGCUAUGGCUUACUUAGGAAAGAUUUAUUAUGAUGGUAGUGAUGACAUUCCUCAAGAUGAUGAAAUUGCAUUGAAAUAUUUCAAAAAGGCAGCAGAUUUAAAUAAUCCAGUUGGGCAGAGUGGUUUGGGUCUUAUGUAUCUUCAAGGAAGAGGUGUCGAGAAAGAUUACAUUAAAGCGCACAAGUAUUUCCUCGCAGCCGCCGAUCAGGGCUGGGUAGAUGGGCAAUUACAAUUAGGAAACAUGUAUUUUCAGGGUUUAGGAUUUAAAAGGGACUACAAAAUAGCCAACAAAUAUUUCUCUUUGGCUUCUCAAUCCGGUCACGUUUUGGCCUAUUACAACUUAGCUCAAAUGCAUGCCCAGGGUUUGGGGAUGAUGCGCUCCUGUCCUACUGCUGUGGAAUUGUUUAAAAAUGUCGCUGAACGUGGACGAUGGGGUGAAAUAUUAAUGCAGGCUCAUAAAGAUUAUAGACAAGGAAAGAACGAUGAGUCAUUUGUUCAGUAUGCUCUUUUGGCUGAAUUGGGAUACGAGGUUGCUCAGAGCAACGCAGCCUUCCUGCUAGACAAGAACGAAGUUCCAGCAUUUAAUACAAACGAAGCGUUAGUGAGGGCUCUUCUUUACUGGGGGCGAGCGGCAGCCCAAGGAUACUCAGCAGCUCAGGUAAAACUCGGAGAUUAUCAUUAUUACGGUCUCGGGACUCCUGUGGAUUUCGAAACUGCCGCAUCUCACUAUCGACUUGCUUCCGAGCAGCAACAUAACGCCCAGGCCAUGUUUAAUCUAGGUUAUAUGCACGAGCAAGGCCUAGGCAUGGCCCGCGAUAUUCAUUUGGCAAAACGGUGCUACGAUCUCGCAGCUGAAACCAGUGCAGAAGCUAAAGUUCCGGUAGCGUUAGCGUUACUGAAACUCAACCUCGUCUUUGGAGUUGAAACAUUAAAGGAGAGCCCGUUAUCAUCCUUGGCUCUCUUUGAGAAAGUUUUGGGUUCAAAUUGGGAUUUAUACUUAGUUACAACAUUAACAUGUAUGUUGGGUGCAAUCGUGUAUUUCCGCAGACCCGGAGGCAUCUUACAACCCUAAGACUUUACCACAGUGGUCCCUCUUUAUAUCCUGGUGGAGGAUACAUACUGGCGUCAAAAAACUUUACACCCAUCUUUUUAAUUUGUUUUAUUGGAACAUAAAUUGUUCCAUCGUCAUCUUGUAAAGUAGUAAUUGGAUUUCCAAAAACAUCAACAAGGGAUGGGCCUUCUGAGG